AUGGAAGACUAAUUUUCGGAAGAUUAUCACCAUUCUCUUCAGUAAGGUUCAAUUACCUUUAUCUUUAAGCUUCAGCAAGACUCUCCGAUAGAUUCCAAGAUAAAUUCAAGCCUCAAUCAAUCUUUCUAGACUAACAUCCAGUCCCAAACAAAUACACUGAUGCAUCUCAACUACAACUUUGGGAAUCGAAUUCUGAUAAUCCAUUAAAAGAGUCUAUUCAAUAGCAAUCAGUAAAUGGAAUCAACUUAAAAAAUUCAUUAGUUUUGCAGGUAAUCCAUAUAUUUUUCUUUAGAAUCGAACCAUUACUCACAUACCCACAGUCAAAAGAAUUCAAUAAAUCAUAAAUAGGAACAAACUAAUAUUAGAAGUCAAAGCUAGACUCAUGAGGAUAGGUUAUAUUUAUCCAAAAAAUGAAAAAACCAAUCUCAUCAAUUUUCUCAAAGAAACUUAUUUGGGGGAAUUAAAUAAGGAUUAAAUGAGAAAAUAAAUUCUUUUUGAGCCAAUCAAAAUUAAACUUCCAACCUUCAGUCCAACCAGCAAAUUUAUCCUAAUUUGGCAAGUUUUUAGAAUUAUUUAAAUUAUGUUUUUAUUGUGGUGGGUUCCUUUCAAAAUUGCAUUUACUCCUCAGAGUUCUACUGAUAUCAUUAAUAUAGAGCAAUCUUUAAUCUACUUUAUGAUUUUUGAUUUAAUAAUUAAACUAAACGUCGCCAUUAUUGAUCAAGGCUAAAUUAUGAAGGAUCGCCUUUUCAUCCUUCUCUAUUAUAUCAAGUAUGAAUUGUACGAAGAUAUCAUUUAUCUAAUCACUCUCAUCAUCAUCAUUAGAGAAUAACCUAUAGACACCUAUCUCUUUAAAGAAUUUAUUGUAUUAACUUAAUUUGUGCUUAAUUUUAUUAAAUUAAAAAAGAAAAUUAAAACCUAUGAAGAAACUCUCACAACUUAAUCUACUCUAAUUGAAUUAGCAAAUUUAUCCUAAUUAAUUAUUGUUAUAUUCUACUUUGCUCAUUUUAUGGCUUGCAUUUGGUAUUAUGUUGGUAUUAAAAGCAUGGAUCAAUUUAAUGAAUCUUGGAUUAUUAAAUAUAAAUUAAUUGAUGCUCCAACAUCCUUUUGUUAUGGAUAUUCAUUUUAUUGGGCCACUGCAACUAUGGUUACAGUAGGGUAUGGAGAUGUCACUGGAUAAAAUAUUUAUGAAGUUCUGUGUUCUAUAAUCUUAAUGUUCUUAGCAAGUGGAAUAUUUGCAUUUUCAAUCAAUUCUAUUGGCUAAAUAUUUAGUAACAUUGACACCCAACAAUAGGUAUAUAAAAGAACACUGUUAUUAAUUAACCAUUACAUGUAAUUUAAUGAAGUUUAAUUAUCAUUGUAAAGCAGGAUAAGAAAUUACAUUAAAUACUUUUUUGAAUAGGAAAAUACAGGAAGUAAAAAUGAAAUCGAUAUGGUACUGAAUUAACUAUCAAAUAAUCUCAGGCAAGAGCUGUUAUAAGAUGUGUAAUUAAGAGUUUUGAGAUAAGCAGAUUUCUUUAGAAAAAAUUUCACUCAAUCAACAGUUAGAUUGAUAGCGGAUCAUGUUAAAUUUUAAUAGUGCACUCCUAAAGAGUUGAUUUAUAAAUAAUAAAAUAAUGAUGACAAGUCAAUUUAUAUUAUUUAGAAGGGAGAAAUACAAUUAAUUGAUGAUAAUUCUGGUAAGAUUCUCAAGAGUUUUACAAAGGGACAAAGCUUUGGAGAAUUAGAGUUCCUAUCCCUUUAGGCCAGAUUCUGUAGUGCAUAUAGUGUAACCUUCACUUAACUUUAUAAAAUAUCUAGAGAAGACUUUCUUAAUCUAAUAAAAGAUAAUGCAAUAGACAGCUAAAAAUUUCACUAGAUGAAAGAUCAAAUUUAAUUAAAAUAUCAAAAUGAAUAGUUUAGCUGUUAUGCAUGCAAUCAAAGCCACCUUAUUUGGGAUUGUAACUUUCUAUUUUAUAAGCCGAAUAUCGAAGUUUUGAUUAAAAAAUCAUUAUUCCACACGGAUUAACAACGAGCCAAUUUUAAACGAUCUGAUAAAAGAUAUUUGAAUAUUUUACAUAAGAGUUUAGAUAAUGAAGAUUCUUAAGAGCAAACAUAGAAAAUAGUUUCAAUUCCAUCCGAAACCUCUUCAGAGGAUUCCUUCUAAGAUAAUACUAAAAAUCAAGUUGAUAUAGAAUAAGACAAGGUUAGAGAUUCCAUUUCAAAGCAAGGACAAUAAUACUAAUAAAGAAAUCGUUUGUCAUAAAUUAAGUAAGGAUAAGUAAUUGCAGAUGAUAACCUUAAUAAAAGAUAAUCAAAUCGUCUGAGCAUACGGCAAAUAGAUGCUGAUCUACCAAUAACACUGAAAAGAAAGUCUUUAUAGUCUAUAUUUCCUUUUGAAGCCAAAAAUUCUGUAUCAGCUUCGUAAUUGGCUCCCAUGAGAGAAGAUAUCAAAAAGGAGUAGAAUUAACAUUAUAAAAGUUUCCAUUAAUUAGAUGAAUUGAUAGAUAAUAAAUGUUAUGAUGAUGAGAUUGAUUCAGUGUUUUCAUUUUAAUAUUACUUUCCACUUAAUAAUGUUGAAACUGUUUUAUAAGAGUAUUAAAGAUUUCAAAAGCAAUUAAGAUAAAAAAAAAUAAAAGUAACCAAAAGCAAAUAUAUGUUCCACAAAAUUACAAAAAUAAACAAGCAAAAAUAAAGCAAACACAAGAAAGAUCAAGCAUCAGUAAAUUCUUUAGUAAUCAGAGAAAAUAUGUGA